AAUGGGGAUGGCCCGGGCCGGCAUAUAAGAGUGCGCCGUGCAAAGCGUACGCACUAGAUCGGUGGCAAUUGUCAUAUAGCGACCGGUGGCGUGAGCACGUUGAAUUUUUUUUUUUCGGUUUUUUUUUUCCUCUUCUCUUUCCCACCCCCUCCCCUCCCGUCUGUCACGAUCGCGCACCGACCGAGGACCGAAUCCUCGUCUCUCGCACUGUUCAAUCGUUCUCACAGCGACGCACCCGGAUCGAGACGACUGAGAGUGGUUAGUGCACUACGACGAUUUUUUUCGUUUUCUUCCGCUCGCGCCCACCCGCACACGUUUCCGCGACACUCCGAUCACUGUCAACCCUCGACCGCCUGCAGCCUGACCGUCCGUCGCAUACCGCCCCGUGUUCGCCGCAAUGGCCGCAGGCACGUGGACUCUGCUGUGCAUCGCUGUCGUGCUCAUCGCCCUGAUCGUCCGCAGGCGGCUCCGUUUCGUCGCCGCGUUCCGAAACAUCGCCGGGCCGCCGUCACUGCCGAUCCUCGGCAACGCUCUGCAGCUCAACGGUACCCCUGCCGAUUUCUUUAAGCUUAUGUUAGAAUGGCACAAAUCAUUUGGAGACACAUUUCAAUUUUGGAUUGGACUUCGACCAUUCAUAGCAAUGAGUGACCCAGAUCAUAUUCAGGAAAUUUUAAGGUCAUUUGAACAUAUAAAGAAAAAUUUGGAAUACGAUUUACUGUAUCCGUUUAUUGGUACCGGCUUGGUUACUAGUUCAGGAUCAAAAUGGCAUACGAGAAGGAAGUUAUUGACACCAACCUUCCAUUAUGGUAUACUUAAAGAAUUUAUAAAUCCGAUAGAAAGACAUAGUAAAAUCUUAGUGAAGGUGUUGGAAAAAGAGCUUUGUAACACGGCUGGAUUUGACAUAAAGCCCUAUGCGAAAAUGGCUGCGCUUGACAUCAUAGGUGACACAGCUAUGGGAUAUGAGUUUAAUGCACAAGAGAAUUCAGAUUUUGAAUACAUCAAAGCAAUUGAUGAGCUCACUGGAAUCAUGCAGAAAAGAUUUAUAACACCUUGGUUAAAACCUAGUUUUUUGUUUAAUUUAACAACACUUAGUAAAAGACAAAAUGCGUGUAUAGAUAUUGUUCAUAAAUUUUCAAAAAAGGUUAUCAAGGAAAGGAAAGAUAAUUUUAAAUUAUUCAACAAUAAGCUGUCGGAUAUGAAUAAAAAUGAGAUUAACGGAAAAAAAUAUAACAAAGCGCUACUAGAUUUAUUGAUAGAAACAGGAGAAGAUGGAAAAGUAUUGAGUGACGAAGAUAUUCAAGAAGAGGUUGAUACGUUUUUGUUUGCGGGUGUUGACACAAGUUCUGUUACACUUUCUUGGAUCAUAUAUGUUUUAGGCAAACAUCCACAAGUACAAGAUCAUAUACUGGAAGAAUUAAACAAAAUAAUACCGGACUUCAGUAAUCAAAAACUCACAGUAGAUAUUAUUAAUGAAUUUCAUUACUUGGACAGAGUAAUUAAGGAGGUUUUACGACUUUAUCCACCGGCUCCAUUUAUCGGUCGACAAAUAUAUAAACCAGUUCAGAUAGAUGAUAAACACACGAUUUUACCAGGAACAUCAAUUUUCAUAAAUGUUUUUGCAUUACACAGAAAUGAAAAAUAUUUCGAAAGACCUAACGAAUUUAAUCCAGAUAGAUUUUUGAAUGAAAAUAAAAUGAAUCGACAUAAUUAUGCUUAUAUACCAUUUAGUGCAGGACCAAGGAAUUGUAUCGGUCAAAAGUUCGCCAUGCUCGUGCAAAAAAUAGUUAUAGCAACAUUAAUAAAGUCGUACAAAUUUCAAUCGUUAGACUCAGAAGAUAAAUUAGUUAUGGCUGGCGAAAUAGUUUUGAAUGCGACAAAAGGAAUUAGAGUUAAGAUUGAAAAACGGACGUAAACUUAUCGGAAAAAUUGAUUACUUUUAAGCAUUGAUCUUGUAUUGACUAUUUCUAUCGCAUUGCAAUACCUACAUUAUUAAUUUUUUAACUAUUUUAACUUAAUUUUAUAAGUUUCUGUAUUUAUCGUAUAGCCUUACUAUAUAAACCAUAAGAAUUAUUUUUUCAUUAGAAUUGUAUUUAUUAU